AUGAACCAUUCUUGUUCCAACAACACGAAUGCAGAGUUGAAAAUGUCUCUCUUCGUUUUCUUUAAAGAUGCAAGACUUGUCUUCAAGCUAGAUGCACUAUCUCGGGAGAUAUUAGGGAUUGCAUUACCCUCAGCAUUAGCUGUUGCUGCUGAUCCUCUUGCUUCUCUUAUUGAUACUGCUUUCAUAGGCCACUUGGGACCGGUGGAACUUGCUGCAGCAGGAGUUUCCAUUGCUUUGUUCAACCAAGCUUCAAGGAUUACCAUAUUUCCUCUUGUUAGUAUUACAACUUCCUUUGUAGCUGAGGAAGAUACUAUUGAAAGAAUGAAUAUCAAAGCAUCCAAAAAUAUUGAUGAUGCUAAGUUAAGUGGAAUCGAAACCCCUAAGAAUCAGUUACUUCAAGACAUAGAAAAUGGAAAGAUACACAAAGAGAAUAUUGAUGUUGAAAAAUAUGCUGCCAACAAUGACACAAAUGUUGAAGAUGGUACAAACAAGAGUAAAGACAAAGAUGGAAAAAAGAAGAGACACAUUGCUUCAGCAUCAACAGCACUCCUUUUCGGCACAAUGCUUGGCCUAAUUCAAACUACAAUACUUAUAUUUGGAGCUAAACUUCUAUUAGCUGCCAUGGGUAUAAAACAUGAUUCUCCUAUGCUAAAACCAGCAGUGAAAUACUUAAGAUUGAGAGCAUUUGGUUCUCCUGCCGUUCUUCUCUCAUUGGCAAUGCAAGGAAUCUUUAGAGGGUUCAAAGAUGUAACAACUCCUUUAUAUGUCAUACUUUCGGGAUACGCAUUGAAUGUCAUAUUGGAUCCAAUACUCAUCUUUUAUUUGAAAUUGGGACUCAAUGGUGCAGCCAUUUCACAUGUUUUCUCCCAAUACUUGAUGGCAUUCACCCUCUUAGUUUUAUUAAUGAGAAAAGUGUAUAUCCUACCUCCAAGCCUUAAGGAUUUGCAGAUAUUCCGGUUUCUUAAAAAUGGUGGUUUAUUGUUGGCAAGAGUAGUAGCAGUGACAUUCUGUAUGACCUUUGCAGCAUCAUUGGCAGCAAGGUUAGGUUCUGUUCCUAUGGCUGCAUUUCAACCUUGCUUACAAAUCUGGUUGACAUCAUCACUUCUUGCUGAUGGUUUGGCUGUUGCUGUUCAGGCAAUACUAGCAUGUUCCUUUACUGAAAAGGACUAUAAAAAGACUACAGCUGCAGCAACAAGAGCACUCCAAAUGAGUUUUGUAUUAGGAAUGGGACUCUCUAUACUUGUUGGAAUUGGAUUUUACUUUGGAGCUGGAAUUUUCUCAAAAGAUGUUCAUGUUGUUCAUCUAAUCAAAAUUGGCAUCCCGUUUGUUGCUGCAACACAACCAAUCAAUUCAUUAGCCUUUGUAUUUGAUGGUGUGAAUUAUGGAUCUUCUGAUUUUGCAUAUUCUGCUUACUCCUUAGUCAUGGUGUCGGUUGUAAGCAUUGUUACAGAAUUCUUUCUCUAUAGGAGCAAACAAUUCAUCGGUAUAUGGAUUGCACUAACCAUCUAUAUGAUUCUUCGCAUGUUUGCUGGUAUAUGGAGGAUGGGAACAGCAACUGGACCUUGGAGAUAUCUCAGAACCAGCUCAUUGCCAUAGAAUAUAUCUUUUACUCUUUGGGAGUACUUGUUGUGUUCUGCAUCAAUUUUCAGCAUCUAAGAUCCAUAUGGAGCUGUGAAUUCCAUCUUUAUCAUAUCAC